AUGAAGCUGUCGGCUCCAGGCCAUUCCGCAUACCACCUUCUGAAACUUCGUGACGAUUUACCGGUGCAGCCGACGGAAAAGAACGCCUACACUCCCGAAGGCAGUGCGGGACACAAUAUCGUUGUCGUGUGCUUGGCCAGCGGUACAUAUGGCAUUAUAUCUGCUCCUAUGGUGGUCACGAAACAAAUGCUCGACAUCCAGUCGAUCCAAUACAAUCGGAUUGUCAGUGUUGAAGGGCAAAUACGCAUCAGAGAGAAAGGUGAGACUUUUAUCGACCAUCUGACAUGUGGACAAGGGGAUGUAGUGUAA